AUGCCGACCAAUGAGUCCAUGACGGUGUCGUACAUCGAGCGGUCUGCGCCGAGCACGCGCAAUGCCAAAGUCCAGGCCUUCAACCGCGGCAAAGAAGCUGCGUAUGCCGACGCGCUGGAGUUCUGCCGCCAGGGUCUGGGAAAUCUCGGCGAGGAGAUUCUGCUCAGCGUGCGCGCCCAGAUGCAAUCAACGGCCGAACGGAUCAGGAUGGAGGUGACGGAGACGGUGGAGUCGAACCAGCUCAAUGUCUCUUCGCAGCUGGAGCUGUUGCACACCCGGGUGCAAAGCCUCGCCAACAGUGAGCAUUCGAAGCAGGCGCAGUCUCAUGAAAGUCGGAGCGUCCAUCAAAACGAGGCGAGUCGCAUGCUCGUCAUGCGUCGCGAGGAGCAGAUCGUGCAGAUCCAUGAGCAGCUGUCGCGGAUGCUGGAGCACAUCAGCAAGAUCCAGAAGAAAAGCGACAUGGACCUCUGCAUGGAACACCUGGCGGGGAAGAUCGAUGUUCAGAAGAUGCUGGACGUGCAGACCAUGAACCUCAUGCAAAACAUCCAAAAGCUGCAGCUGGGCGCCCCCGACCUCUCCAUGACCCUCCAGGAGCUCCAAGCGACCGGUCCGCCUCAAGACUUGGAUUUCUCCCCGGUCAUUUCCGAGAUCCGGCGGGCCCAUGUCAUGAUCGAGGAAGACAUGCAGACCAUGAUGCGGGAGAUUGCCAAGAUUCAGCAGCAUCUGCAGUUGGACUUCUUGCCGAUAGGUCCGAGCGCUUGCGAAGCCACGCCGCGCUCGGUAGUGGAAUCAGAGGCCACGAUUGAGUCUGUGGUUGUCCAGCCCAAAGCCGUUUCCUUCGCGGAGGCAGAAGAGGAGCCGACUUCCGACGACGGCCGAUGUGACACCGUUACAUCCGAGAUGGACGUGAUGAAGUUUUCCCACAUGGCAUCCAAGGUGAAGAAGCUGAAGCGCGUUCGAGAGAUGGGGGCCCAGACGGAGCAGGCCUAUCGCGACACGCACGCGCAGACAGACGCAGAUUUUCACAAGCCUCAUCAGCACAAGAAGCAUCGGCCAUCCGCCGAGCCCAAGAAGAACGCCAAGCCUUUGGUGCCGGCGCGGCCUGGUGGCUUGCAGGACCAGGACGCCUUCAAAGAGAAAGCGCGGCGUGCGCUUCUGAAGCCGCAGUACAACGUGUUGGACUACUACCACACCACAGGCAUCUGCCAAAGAAUCGCACGAAGCAUGUGGUUCGACAACUUGACCGUUGCCAUCGUAGGGUUGAAUGCGAUUUGGAUCUCGAUUGACAUCGACUACAAUCAAAGCAUCCUCCUCAUGGAGGCAGACGCGAUCUUCCAAGUGGUCGAGAAUACCUUCUGCACAUACUUCUUCUUUGAAAUCUCCAUUCGUUUUGGUGCCUUCGCGAAGAAACGCCAAGCCUUCCUGGACCCGUGGUUCCUUUUCGACCUGUUGCUGGUUACCAACAUGGUGGCAGAGACCUGGCUGGUGCCAAUCGUCAUUGCAAUUGUGGGCUCCGGCGCCGACGUGUUGAACGUGUCCUUCUUGCGGAUGAUGAGAAUGGUCAAGCUCCUGCGGCUGUCGCGAGUGACGAGGUUCAUCCGAGCAGUUCCCGAGCUCAUCAUCAUCGUGAAGGCCAUGGGUUUCGCCGCACGGUCGGUGAUGGUGUUCUUCUUCGUUUGGUUGGUCAUCAUUUACGUCUACGCCGUGGUACUUCGACAAGCGACAGAUGGAUCAGAGGUGGGGGACUUGCUCUUCCCAACGGUUCCCGACGCGAUGAACUCCCUUCUUCUGGAUGGGCUCCUGGCGGACUACUCCCCCUUCAUGAAGUCCCUGGGUUCGGCGGGCGCGCUCCUGUACAUAGUGGGCCUGACCUACAUUCUUCUGGUCGCCGUCACCGUGAUGUACAUGCUGGUGGGUUGCUUGGUUGAGGCGGUUGGGGCCAUCGCCAGCUCCCAGAAAGAAGGCUUGGUCGUGAGCUAUGUGGCAGGGAGCAUCCGCAACAAGAUGGAGCAGAUUGGCCACAAUCCGGAGGCACCGAUCUCUCAGCAGGACUUCCAGAACUACCUGACAGACUCCGAGGUGGCAGGCAUUCUGCAAAGCGUGAAGGUGGACGUGGUGGUCCUGGCGGACAUGUUGGAGAUGUUCUACGAGGAUCUGGAGCGCACUGGCGAUGUCAUGACGUUUGAGAAGAUGAUCGAGCUCAUGUUGAAUGGGCGUGGCUCCAACACAGCCACUGUCAGGGACACCAAGGAGCUGCUGCGGAUGAUCAAGUCGGCGAUCCGAGUGCAGACCGCCGAGACCACGAAGAAGCUGGCCGAGGAGCUUUCUUCCGUCCAGCAGACCAUCAAUGCCAUGCGGGAAGAGGCCAUGUUCGACGACAGCGAUUCCAGCUUCCUGGUAAUCUAG